AUGACUAUUAAAGGAAUUGCUGUAUUUGACUUUGACUGGUCACUUAUCGAACAGGACAGCGAUUAUUGGACCAUUCAUAGCCUAUCACCGGAGAUAUGGCAAGAAGUUCGUGAAAAGCAAGCUUCUUAUCAAUGGACAGACUUGAUGGAUUUUGCCCUGUGUCGAUUGCAAGAAGCUGGUUUUACCAAAGGCGAUAUAGUGAAUGUAUUAAAGAUGAUACCUUUUUCAGAGGAAAUGCGAUCUUUACUGCUAGAAUUGAAGAAGAAGGACGUACCUGUUAUUCUUUUAUCGGACGCAAAUACUUUUUAUAUUAAUACUAUUUUGAUGGCAUAUGGUGUUCGUGAAUGUGUCACAGAGAUUAUUACAAACCCUGCCUAUGAGGACAAACAAGGUCGUUUGCGUGUUGAGCGUUAUAUUCGAUCUUCAGACCCACAACAUCAAUGCAAGAAUCUGUGUUCUGUAAACAUUUGCAAAGGACAAGAGUUGGACAAAGUCAUCGAACGUCAUGGAGGUAUUGAAGUUGUUCAGAAGAUUGCUUAUACAGGUGAUGGAAGAAAUGACUUUUGUCCUGCUACUCGGUUAAGAGAUAUCGAUACUUUUUUUAUGCGAAAAGAAAAAGGUUUGGAUAGAUACUUUGAACAGGUACCUGAAGAAAAGCAACAAAUCACUUCCAAAAUUGUGUAUUGGUUGAAACCACAGACUGUUCUAGAGCAUAUGCCUGCUUUUCUUACUUUGUAA